AUGAAGAGAUUUAAUCAAGACUUUAAUUCAUUAGAAGGGAUUAAGCUAUCCGUAUACAAAUAUCUAUUCGAGCUCGCUAUCGGGUAUUUUCAAAGUGAUGAGUUUUUUGACAGAUUAGAAUGGCUGGCAGACUUUGAGUGCGCGGGCGACGAGGUGUUGGUGGAGUCGUCGCCGCCCGCCUCGCCCGACAUGGCGGCGCGGCUAGCGCCCUCGCAGGGCGCGGGAACAGGUGGUACUUCACCUGCCGAUGUACGAGAACUCAUCGUUAUUCCAGAUCUUCCCAACUCUAUACACUUGCAACAUGCUAUACAACAGGUUUCGAGUACCGUAGUGGAGGUGAAUGGUGACAGUUCAGGACAUUCCAGCCCCACUACUGAGGCGCAACACACCUACAUCGUCACUAGUGAGGGCGGCAAUGGCGUCAACUACCACGUACAGUAUGUGGAGCCGCAAGAGAUUUACACGCAGACCGGCCAUCAAACUCACAUGGAGACGCUCCGCACGUACCCCGUGUACAACGUGAGCAACGUGGGCGCGGUGGGCGCGGCGGGCGAGGCCGCGGCCGUGACGGCGGUGACGGCGGUGACGGCGGUGGCGGCGCCCGACGAGUGGGCCGGCGAGUUCGCCUUCAGCACGGAGCAGCCCGCGUCGCCCGCGCCCGCCGCGCGCAUGCCGCCCGCCACCGUGCAGUGGCUGCUCGACCACUACGAGACCGCAGAGGGCGUGUCGUUGCCGCGCUCGACGCUGUACGCGCACUACCUGCGGCACUGCUCCGCGCACCGCCUGGAGCCGGUGAACGCGGCGUCCUUCGGCAAGCUCAUCCGCUCCGUGUUCGUGGGCCUGCGCACGCGCCGCCUCGGCACGCGCGGCAACUCCAAGUACCACUACUACGGCAUCCGCGCCAAGCCCAGCGCCGCCGCGCCGCCCGCGCCCGACGCGCCCGCCGCGCCCGACGCGCCCGCCGCGACCGCCGAGCCCGCCGCGACCGCCGCGACCGCCGCGACUGCCGCGCUCAAGGCGGACGAGGGGCACCGGCAGUACCUGGGCGCCGUGAGCGCGCCGGAGCCGCCCGACCUGGCGCUGGACCCGCUGCCCGACGACGUGUCGCGCGACGCGCUGCAGCACCUGCGCGACCAGCACCGACAGCACGGCGCGGAGUUCCUGGAGGCGGUGGCGGCGCUGGACACGGGCGCGGUGGAGCGCUGCCGGCGCGCGUUCUGGCGGCGCGCGGGGCGCGGCGGCGCGCGCCUGGCCGCGCGGCGCGACGUGUGCGCCUGGCUGCGCCGCGCCGAGCUGCGCCUGCACCAGCGCGCCGUGGACCUGCUGCUGCCCGACGUGCUGCGCCCCAUACCCUCGCACCUCACACAGGCCAUCCGCAACUUCGCGAAGAGCCUGGAGAGCGCGCUGGCGGCGGGCGCGGCGGGCGCGCCGGCGGCGGCGGCGCGCGCGCAGGCGGGCGCGGCGGCCGCGCUGGCGGCGGCGCUGCGGCGCUACACCUCGCUCAACCACCUGGCGCAGGCCGCGCGCGCCGUGCUCAACAACCAGCACCAGAUACAGCAGAUGCUGUCGGACCUGAACCGCGUGGACUUCCGCGUGGUGCGCGAGCAGGCGGCCUGGGCCUGCGCCUGCGGCAGCGCCAACACCGCGCACAAGCUGGAGGCAGACUUCAAAGCGCGGCUCGGGCGCGGCGCGCCGCUGGAGGCGUGGGCGGCGUGGCUGGAGGCCAGCGUGCGCGCCGCGCUGGCGCCGCACGAGCGCCGCGCCGACUACACGCCGCGCGCGCGCCGCCUGCUGCUGGACUGGUCCUUCUACUCCAGCCUCGUCAUACGCGAGCUCACGCUCAGAUCGGCGGCGUCAUUCGGCUCGUUCCAUUUAAUCCGGCUGCUGUACGACGAGUACGUCAGCUUCCUGAUCGAGCGGCGCGUGGCCGAGCACCGCCGCGAGCCGCCCAUCGCCGUCAUGCAGCGCGCCAUGGACGACGACGACGAGC